GACCGAGUCAUCAACCGGUGGGCCCCACAAGAUAAUAUGGCCUAGGGUUUUCUGUUGGGAAUAAGCACCAACAAGGAUAGAAAGGAGAAAACUGUAAAGUAUAAACCCUAAAUCUUGGCUGGUAAACCUCCCUCACUCUCGGAACUUCUCUGAUUAGCUCCUCCACCCAGCCGGAAAAAAACCAACUUCGAUCGUCGUGUGAACUUUUGAGGAGAGCCAGGACCUCGACACAUCCUUGAGACGACAUGGACAAGAAUAUGCUCGCUGGGCUUGAAGGUAUGCCCGAAGAAGACAAGAUGCGAAUGGCCUCCAUGAUCGACCAGCUCCAAAUCCGCGACAGUUUGAAGAUGUACAACUCGCUUGUGGAGAGGUGCUUUACCGACUGCGUGGAUGACUUCACCCGCAAAUCUCUCAAGAAGCAAGAGGAAAGUUGUGUGGCAAGAUGUGCCGAGAAGUUCUUGAAGCAUUCAAUGCGUGUUGGGAUGAGGUUUGCGGAGCUCAACCAAGGAGCUGCCACUCCAGAUAACUAACCAUGGGUUGCCCAUUGCCUUGAAUCUGUUUCUGUAGCUCCAUUGAAUAGAUCUUAGUUCUUUGAUUACUGUAUUUUUCAAGUUUUCCCAAGCGAGAACCAGAACACAGUACGUGAGCUUUAUGUCUCCAUUCCUUAGCUUUCAUAUACUUC